GCAUCAUGCAAUGACGUAUUUCAACGAACGCCCAUCUACGGACUAUAGAUAUGUGCUUGUUAGGUGUCUACAUAGUUAUUCAUACCUUCAAUUCGAGAUCGGUUUAUUCCGCACUGACAACACCACAAUGUGGGCCCAUCACCGACUUCAUUCAAUACCUGCAGCAAACAUAUUCACUGUUGAAGCUCGUUGGCGGGAUGACCAGAAUGACAGCUUGAGUGAUAUUUAUUUACACAACAUGAAACAAACUGGUCCGCCGCCCCCAGCAUUCAUUUCAGCACCAACCAUGGCUUCAACCUGUUGGUUUCCAUCCUGAGGACCCAAAUCCGCUUACCUGGAAUUUGACAAAGGUGUAGAACACCAUGCUAUCCUAGCUGCAAGCCUGAGCAGAGUUUACUCAAUUGAGUAUAUUCAUUUGAGGAUAUCCACGUGGCAAAGGAGGGCUUCGCAUCCCAUGUUGUUUCGCCAUUCUGCAGUAUUUGAAUAUUGAAAACAAAUCCAUAGGUCAUCCUGGAGAUUGUCAGAAAAGUGAUGAUUAUUGACAAAAAGCACAAAUUGCAGAUUGAAAGAACUGUGAGAGAGGAGGAGGAGGAGGAGGAGAGUGCAGCCAACACCUAGACACAGUUGAAAUCCAGCGAAACUUGGGAUUGGGGAAGAAGAUGAAGCCGCUCACAAAUGACCACCAGAGAUCCUUUAUUCCUAAGCAGUUUCCUGUUCUGCUCUGUUCAUCACUUGGCUUGUCCAGAUGGGUCUCGUUGAGGUUAUAAUACCAGGAUAUCCGCACUACUCUGUACGGAUGUACUCAUUCUGAAAAUGUUCCUCCAAUUAUUAUCAACAAAGCUGCUCAAGAACAAACCAAUUUGACUUGGCGCAAGUCUGCAAGAACAAUUGAACUAGCCUAAAUAAAUAGCUGAUGCUGGUUUGGGGCUCCCUGGCUUUUGCAGAAGCCGUUCACCAAUUAAAUAUUAUUAACCUAUUUAUAGUAAGUAGUAACUAAUGGGUUCCCCCCCAGCAGCGGAAACAUGGGGGCAGCUUAACCUGAAAUUUCAGAUAGCUCAACUUCCUUUUGCAAAGCCUAGGCUCGUAAUUGGGAGCUGCGGGGCAUUUAUUUUUAUUUGGAGCUCCGACAGGGGGCUAUGUGCAAGGCUGGAAGCUAUUUAUUGCCUCCUUGAGGCUCUUUCAAUCGGUCCUAUUUAAAGCCCUGGGGGUUUCGCUCCAUCUGCCAAUGCGGUUUUCGUCUCCCGGGAGCGUAAUGGCUAGGAUUUGAGGCAUUCAUUGCACUGGAGAAGAAGCAUCUUAGAAAGAUUAACUUAUAGUUAAUACCGCUCUUGUUUCCCAAAUAGUUACUUCAGGCGCUCUCCCUCCAAUUCAGAUUGGACAAACACAGUCGUUGAAGAAGCGCCAGCUACUACACAACCAUGCCCCUAAUCACAAUUAAUUCUAAUUUACUAAUGUUCUCAUAGUUGCAGUAAUUACAGGAGGGUGCAGACAAACGAGAUAUGUUGGCCUUGCGUGAACUUCGUGUUGUCCCCGCCCGCUUCCUCUGUUCAGCUAAAAGUCAACAUGCUGUAUGCAUGUCUUUGCCUACACGCCGGCCUUAUAACCAUACAGCUUUGGAACAGAGCGACUCGAUACGGCUAGCGGAGAUCCUACCAGGCCAGAGCAACGACAACCUACAGCUAAAUUUACAACAUACGACCCUGCAAAACGCCCCCGCCUACGAAGCUUUAUCAUACGAAUGGGCAGGGAACUUGGGUUUGAGACCAGUAAAAUGUGGCUCGCAAGAAUUUCGUCUGUCCGCCAACCUGAGAGCAGGGCUAAAACGUCUGCGAUAUACGAACCGGAGGAGAUUGAUAUGGGUAGACGCCAUCUGCAUUGAUCAGGAUAAUAGCCAGGAGCGCUCUCAUCAGGUUUCGCUGAUGAGGGACAUCUAUCGAAAUGCUCACAGGGCGUUAAUUUGGAUUGGAGAGGAGAAGGAACAUACAGGUGCGGCCUUUGAGAUUAUUCCGGCAUUGGCAGAGAAUUGGGCUGCGCAGGGAUCACAGGACGACAAACCUCCACCUAUGCCGCCCCGUUCUACGGCGGAGCCCCAUGCAAACCAACUCUUGGAUCCGUCCAAUAAAGCCCUAUGGAACUCCAUCAUCGAUGUAUUCACUCGACCGUACUUCAAACGGACCUGGAUCAUACAAGAGAUCAUCGUCUCCAAAGCUGCCUCUGUGAUAUGCGGGGGGUGGAUAGUGGACUGGACUUCCUUCCAUCGAGCUGCAAAUCACAUUGUCCAAGAUGAGUUUCGAGCAUUCCGGGAGCCUCAGCCCUCAACACUAUUCCUCAUCGCUCUUAUACGGCGCAUUGAGCGGAGGUUUGAGAAGCGUGACCUGCGCCUGCGCACUCUCCUCCGCCAUUUCCGCGCCUCGAAAGCCUUAGACCCCCGCGACAAAGUGUUUGCGCUACUUGGUCUCAUGUGUGGCAACCAUACCUCACCCAUCGAUAGGCAACCGAAGAAAAUAAAAGCGGACUACACAAAGCCAGUCGAACACGUAUAUCGUGAAACAGCUGCAUACAUCUUCAUGGAAGAACAAAACCUCAAGCUUCUCACAAACGAAUACCCGCCAAAUGCCCGAGAGCGCCAAGAUAUGCCGUCGUGGGUUCCCGACUGGUCAGCCAACACAAAACCUCUCCACCCUCUAAUACGCCAAAGUGACCGGCUAAGCCAACUCAUAAAAGGCGACAUCCACUGCACAGACACCUCCCUGUUCGUCAACGGCAACAUCUUUGACACAAUAAGCUAUGCGUCCGAAGUCGUAACCGCGGCCAACGAACGCUUCAUCCUUCGCAAUCUCAUAAACAUCAUGAAAGCAAGAACAACAACUACCAGCUACACCACUACAAACCAAUCGCACAACGAAGCUCUCUACCGCACUUUAAUCGCCAACAACGCCAACGUGCGCCCGGCGCUGGACGAGGCGGAACGCUAUUUCUUCUACCUGCUCCGCGACCGCAUGACAACCGUGGAUAUACCCAUUGUCCAAGAAGGCCUCUUCAAUGACCUCGAACACCUCCUCAAGCCGGACCCCACAGAGAAAUGGGACCUGUAUUUACUCGAAUUACGCCGGACGCUCUAUGAUCGGGCCUUUUUCACCACGCGCAAGGGGUAUAUGGGGAUCGGGCCGAAGGGAAAGACGAGGAUGAAGGUUGGAGAUAAGGUAGCAGUUUUGGGUGGAGGGUUUACACCGUUUAUCCUUAGAGAGAUGGAUGUUAGUGCUGGUGUUGGCAGCGAUGGUGGUGGAAGGGGUUGUUCUACCCUUGUGGGCGAGUCGUAUAUUCAUGGAAUGAUGGAAGGUGAAUUUUUAGAAAAAGGUCAGGAAUUGGGGUAUGAGAGGAUUGAAAUUCGGUGAGUGUCCAUAUGCUGGGCCACAAGAAAAAGGUUGGGUUGUUGAUUCGGCGAUUUUCUCAACUAGGGUGGUGUCUCUUACCGUCCUCAUUGCAUGGAAGCAUCGGCGUUUGGGUUUCUGUAUCUACGUAUUAUACCACUUCCCCAAAUAAUCACCAUACAGCAAAUGAUUUCUAUAGAUACCCUACUGAUCUUGAUAUUACAUUAAUACCUUGUAAUUAUACGGAAUUUAUCCUACUUUUGAAAAUCAGGCUGUCCCUAUGUUUUAUGGUUUGUGAAGAGAGAAUCGCAAGAAUAAAUUGCCCGUCCCCGAACGAGCGAAACAAAAUCCAGGACAUUGAGAUUCAUUCGAAUCGUAAUU